AUGCUCCAAUCCUGGAAGUCGUCCUUGAGAUUGCCUCGGUCGAGAUUUCCUGCUCGACCGACCUCCAAGCUUGAACCAAAUUAUCUCAAGCAAUGUACCGACGAUUUAUACGCAUGGCAAGCACAGAAUCGACCUGAGGAGAAGCCAUUCACCCUCCAUGAUGGCCCCCCAUACGCCAAUGGCGAGCUUCAUGUCGGCCAUGCCAUGAACAAAAUUCUUAAAGAUAUGAUUGUGCGUGUUAAAGUGCAGCAAGGCCGACGAGUGACAUAUCGACCCGGCUGGGAUUGUCAUGGUCUGCCAAUCGAGAUGAAGGCACUGGGAUCGCACACGACGAAGGGCUUGACUCCUGUACAAGUCCGGGACACAGCACGAAAGCUAGCCUCCAAGACGGUUGUGGAACAGAUGAAGGGAUUCCGGGCUCUCGCCGUAAUGUCUGACUGGGAGAAGAAGUGGACAACGAUGGACCGUGAAUACGAGAUAAGGCAAUUGCGUGUCUUUCAAAACAUGGUCCGUCGAGGGUUGAUUUACCGCAAGCACAAACCCGUUUACUGGUCACCUUCUUCGCGGACUGCGCUUGCUGAGGCAGAGUUGCAAUUCGUAGAGGAUCAUGUCUCUACCGCUGCAUAUAUUAGGUUCCCUAUAAUUUCAGACUGGUCCUCGAUACCUGAACUUGCCGGUUUCAAGGGAAACCUGUAUGCAACUAUCUGGACAACCACUCCUUGGACCCUCCCUGCAAACCUGGCUAUUGCCAUCCACGACCAAAUCGAGUACUCGAUCCUCCAGGUUGGCGAUGACGGCUAUCUUGUUGCUUCGAGCCGUGUUGGGGAUGUGAAGCGCUUCCUUGGCGACUUUCAAGUUGUAGCGCAUUCUAUUCCAGGUUCUAGCUUGAAAGGUCUAGAGUACAAGAACAAACUCCGGGGCAAAUCCGCUCCGCCGCAGCCUAUCAUUACUGCCGAUUUCGUUACCUCCAGCUCUGGUACCGGUCUGGUUCACAUUGCCCCAGGCCACGGCCGGGACGAUUAUGAAGUGUGCUCUAAAAUCGGCAUUGAAGCAUUUGCUCCUAUCGACGAUGGCGGUUUCUUUACCGAAGAGGCUUACCCGGACGAUCCAGAGAAGCUCACAAAAGCGAGUUCCGUCAUGGAUGGUGGAAGUCACGCUGUAUUGGAAUUAGUGGGCGAUGAUGUACUCGGAAGCCAUAAACAACGGCACAGUUUUCCUUACGAUUGGCGUACCAAGCGACCUGUGGUGACUCGUGCUACAGCCCAAUGGUUUGCUGAUGUUGGUAGUAUCAAAGAUGAUGCCCUUGAAGCACUCAAGGAUGUUCGAUUUGUUCCAAAGGGUGGCCGAAACCGUCUCGAAGCUUUCAUCACACGUCGUAGCGAAUGGUGUAUCUCUCGCCAGCGAUCAUGGGGAGUUCCCAUUCCUGCACUCUAUGACGAGAACGGAAAUGCUGUCAUGACAACAGAAACAAUCGACCAUAUCAUCUCAGUUAUGGAAGAGCGUUCUUCGUCUGCCUGGUUCUCUGAUGACCCAGAUGAACCUGCUUGGAUUCCACCCAACAUGGAAGGCAAAUACCGUCGAGGCACUGAUACAAUGGAUGUCUGGUUUGAUAGCGGCAGCUCAUGGACAGAAACCGAGGGCCCUGCCGAUGUCUACCUUGAAGGUUCCGACCAACACCGCGGAUGGUUCCAAUCCAGCUUGUUGACUUAUGUUGCUACGCAAACAUCAAGGGAGUCGACUGGCAAAGCCUCUGCUCCCUUUAAGACUUUGGUCACUCACGGAUUCACGCUCGAUGGGAAAGGCAAGAAGAUGUCAAAGUCGGAGGGCAAUAUGAUUGUCCCCAGCGAAGUCAUGAAAGGGCUUCUCUCACAGGCUUACUCCAAAGGCCACAGGCAAAAACUUGACCCCCUCGGUCCAGAUGCUAUUCGACUAUGGGCAGCGAGCGCCGAUUUUACAUCAGAUGUUCUUAUAGGGCCAAAUAUUCUUAGGCCUGUUAAUGCUUCGCUGAUCAAAUAUCGAACCAUCAUCAAGAUGCUUGUCGGGUCAAUUUAUCCAGAGGGCCGUGAGCGUCCACUGACCAAGUUGGACCAAAUGGCACUUGUUCAACUUUCCGAUACCAUGUCACAGGUCAUGCAGUCAUUCAACGACUUUGAGUUUUAUAGAGCGGUCAGUACAAUUAACCACUGGGUGGCGACUGAUUUGUCCGCAUUCUACUUGGAGGCCCUGAAGGACCGACUCUACUGUGGUGAUGGCGGCGGUGCCUUGGAACCUAUCUUCAUCGGAUUCCUGCGCAUGCUGGCACCGAUAACCCCUAUGCUUGUUGAGGAGGCUUGGUCGUUCCGGCCAGAAUGGAUGACCAAAGACACUUCCUUGAUAAGCCCAGCUCGCCAUCUAUAUGACGACCCUCUCGUUGACCCUCUGCGUUUGACGCUUCCUCAAGAUGUGGUGCGUAAGGAUCAGUCCAUCAUCACAGAAGUUCAUGGCGCUGUAAAGGCGACACUGGAGGAUGCACGAAAUGCCAAGGCGCUUGGCAGCUCUCUCCAGAGCGCAGUCUACCUGGAAGUCGAGGAUGGAAAAGCGGCGGCUGUUCUUGGACGUUACAUGGACGAGCUCCACGACAUAUUUGUUGUGUCUUCGGUGCAAGUCAACGAACCCCUCCCUGAAAAUCAUGCUUGGGCUUUCCAAAAGGAAUUCGAGAUCCAAGACGCCAAGGUCAAUGUGCAUGUGCUUCCCCCGAAGGAGGAAAAAUGCUCCAGAUGCUGGCGAUACCUGGCGCCAAAGAAAGAUGCGCUAUGUGGCAGAUGUGAAGAGGUUGUCGGUGCAUAG